AUGGACAAGAGGCCAACGGUCGAUGGCGCACUAUCCUGGCACGAGGAAACGUUUGCAACUACUGUAACGACGGAAGCGACAGAAAGCGCUGCCGAUGCGUGGGGCGCUUGGGAUCUCGCACCAACCUCAAACCGCGCAGAAGAGGAGUCGAAACUAGGAGAGACGCCGAACGAGAUGAGCGCGCCAACUGUCCCGACCGACCCUGUUGACGCUUCUCCGAAAACCGGCGGCGAUAAGCCUGUAGACGAUGACCGGAAUGCUUACAAUUCCGAAGCAAAGACAUUCAACGUGGCAGAGGCCAUUGUUGACUCACAACGUGCAGUUCAGAAUUCUUUUCCAGCUAUUUUCGCACCCACGACACAUCUUGGGAAGAGCCAAGACAGAGCACCUGUAGAAGAGGUUGCAUGGGGUGGAUGGGAUGAGGACACGACUGAUGUCGCUGAGGAACCAACCUUUGAGACACCCUUGCUUGGGGUGGAGGCACGCGUCAAGACUGAAACAGUUGAAAGUUUUGAAAGUGAUAAGAGAUUGGCUGGCUUUGGGGCGACGAAGAAUGCUGUGGGUCUAGAGGAUCAGAAGGAAGGAAUUAUUGCCGCUGAAAAGGAGAGAGCCGCAGGCCUGCAGAAUGAUGCCGCUCGCGGUCCAGGCGACGCUCGCCCGGAUAUGCAACAAGUGGAACUGGCAGGCGUAGAAGGCAAGCCUGGAAAUGACCUUGCUUCUCUAACGCCCCAGCUUGGUGAUUUUGCCGGUCGGGAGAAAGCUGCACCAGAACCCGAGACUUUUCUCUCGUUUGGUGAGAGCACCUUUGCUACUGAAUCCGAGAAAGUGUAUCCUGCAGAUGCAUGGGGCGCGUGGGAUGAAAUGGACGCCUCUACGCAAUCUCAUAACAAGACUGCAAAGCUCGGGGAUGAUGACAAGGGUCUACUGGGCACCGUCGAUGGAGAAAUAGACCAUCUUAAGGGACCAGCCUUCAUCUCCAAUGGAAAGCAAGCGGGCGGCUCUGCACGUGUCUCAAUUUUGCCUGACAACACUGCUGCGCAAGCGUCACCGGUUCUGGAUGCGUGGCCCCUGGAAUCCAAGUCUGGAGAGCCAAAAGCCGCAACUUCUUCCUCAACUCCUUCGCAAAUAGAACAAGUAUUCGGACUGUCACCUGUGGAACCUGCUGGCAUACCCUUCGCGCCGGAGAGAAACGACAAAGCGGAUGUUAGCACCUUGCCGAGACCAUUUCAGGCAGGCACCCAGGACACUGGAAGAGAAACUCAGCUUUUCGACGCGGACUCAGAAAGAGAAUUCGUGCCUCCCCGUAGAGACACAUUCAACAUACAAGAUAACGGCAAGAUAGCCCUUGGCAAAGAAGACGAUGAUAGCCAAGAUAUUCGCUCCACAGAAGUUGACGCUUCGUCAACUGUUGCCGGAACUGAAGUUCCUUCUGUAGCUGCGCCAUCCUCAGUCGAUGAUUUCGAAUGGGAGGGUGCGGCGAAAAUACCGGCGUGGGAUUUGCCUGCACAGACAGUAGCUGCAGAGGAUGAUCAUGAUUCGUCUUCAGGAACCGGAACCGAUGCAGCAACUAAACUUGAAGAACAGGUGCGCCUCCGCACUUCUCCGCUUCCUCCACCUCCAUAUCCAGCUCUUGAUAUGAGUGACGUUGAUGCUCGAGUUGGUCAAAGAAGUGAGCCAGGCGGUGCUUCUCAUGAGAAACAUGGCGGCUAUGAUAACUCCACACUUGAAAGCAACGAGAGAAUUUACUCGGCGAAAGACUCACUCUUUGAUAUUGGUCGAAGCACUACUGCAGCAGACCAUUUCCGUCUUGAAGCACAACACUGUGAGAAAGUAGAUACAAUGGUGCAUCCGGAUCACGCUUUUGAUGACGAACGCAACGAGUUUCCAAGCUCCAGAGCCGUAGACCAAAUAGUGCCUUCAACUUCACCUUUUCCGGAAGCACCCGCGGAACGGAAUGGCGACAGGUCAGGGGGUGCAAAAUGCAUCUCUGGACCGGCUACAGCUACGGGAUCGUCUCAGCCGCCAAAUGAUUAUAUAGGCAUGGACCCGAUCCAACACAGUGUUGCAGGUCAAACACCAAAGCAACAUGCAACGGAACAAGGUCCUGUUUCCCUACACACAUGGGGUGCAGAUGCACUUAGCGAAAUACAGACGUCGAAGAUAGGUGAAGCAGGGCAGGGACCCACAACUGCACCGGUUUCGAUGAAGGCAACACCAUUCCCAACAGGAAAGGCUAGUAAUUAUUGGACAAAAAAGCUUGAAUCGAGCUCUCAAGAUGCGAAAAAGGCGUGGGCGGAUGUAGAGACGACGCCGGAGGAACCAAGCGGUCCUACUCAUGCAUUCAACAGCCAACUGGAUGUUUCGCAUAUUGUUGCUCGUUCACAUGAAAUGCCUGAAAGCAAGAUGUCGCGAAUUGCUGCUGAGGGUGUCCGCGUUUUUGAAACUAAUGCUGCCGGUGAGGAAGCAGUUGCUAAGGAACUGCAGAAUAAUUCUUACCCACCAAGUACAGGACCGUACAACAGCAGUAUGCACCCGGAGACCAAUGGUCCUGUUAGAGAUCAGGCUUCUAUUGUGGUUAAGGGCUCACGGUGGAACGGAGAUGUUAAUGCAAGUGGUUGGACAGAACCACAGCAAAACCUAACGAGACUGCCAAUGAGUACGGGGGUUGCAGAAAGGUCCAGGAGGAUGGCUGAGAAUCCUCAUCAAAGUGAUCUGUUGCAACAAAUAGGUGAGGCCCCCAAGGCUCAGAAUAUUGAAAGUGCAUGGGGGGAUCAACCAGCGUCAGGUGAUGCAAAUCUGACCGGAUGGAAUAACCAAACGGUUGAGCCUGAGAAGCUCGGAGAGCCAUGGCCGGAACUCUUGGGCGAAUCUGUUCGAGAAGAUUUGCACGCCAGGCGCUCUGAAGGACAGAGGACGGACCGCGACGAGUUAGCUCCAGUUCUGCUGCAUACUUCUCAGCCUAGUAAUGACAAUGCUGUUAUCGAUCCGACUGAGAAACCGGCUAUCAGCGGAGUAGAGGCCCCGGAAGAGUCCGCCGCGUACGAUCCGUUUGUUCCAACGACAUCCGCGUCUGCUCAUGAGUACUCACAGUUUGGCUGGGACUGGGGUAUGGCCCAGGACAACUACGCAUCCACAGCUGCUUUCGACCUAGGGCAGAAGGCAUCACCCGAAGAGCCAGAUCUCAAAAUGCCAAGCGAAGUAUCCGGAACUGGUCAUUCGGCUCUUGAGACUAGGCAUCCGGGGACCACUCAACAGACUAGCAUUCCUGAGAAUAUUGCGCAUGAUCGACAUCAUGAGGGUCUUGCAGCAACUCUUCAUACCAAUAUCCCUGCAGUAAUGCCAACUGCCGAGAAUGUGGAAAGUGCAAUUGCCAACAUACAUGCUUCAAAUCAAACGAAUGUGUCCACCCCACAAGAGGUUGUGGCAGGACAAACCUCUCCCAGGUCAACGAACAUUACUUCACAUCCCUCAGAGCUUGUCCAUACAUGUGAUUCCAACUUUGAUGCAUACGCACCAAGGCCGUCAUUGUCGUUACCUCCAGCACCUGCUCUUGCUGAUACGAAGUAUGCUCCAAAGAUAUAUCCAUCUGAAUUGCCUACAGAGGUAAUGGAAAGUUCUCCAGUAGAUGAAGUGGGCCCUGACAUGUGGUCAAACAAUAUGGUUCAGGAUCCACAGAAUUAUACACCAAGCCAGAGUGCGCAAGGUACUUCUGCAGAAAUUCCAGCACUCCCAAGUGAACAAGAUAAGAAUCGGCAUGCCCUGCUCGGCGGCGACGCUGCGCCUUUGAACCAGUUACCAAAGAAUGACACAAAUGAUGGCAAUGCCUGGCUGACAACGCAAGACUUGUUCCAGGGUCUGGCACCGCCUCACGAGUUCCCGGCGGCAGUUAAUACCUCAAACACCGCACAUACGAGAACGCAUUCCUUCCCUCCUCCCCCUCUUGUGCCACAAGGACCUAGCCGUUACCAGCACAACAUAUCCGAAAGUUUACCGGGGCCCCCCGUGCCUGACUGGGCCCACUACACAACAAGUAACACGCAUGGUGGUGGUACUGGCGGAAGUACAGUUACUACGCCUGCAAUGUAUUCGCCGUCGACUGAAACAAGCACUCAGCUACCUGGUCAUGGAGGCGAUUUAAACAGUAGUAAGCUGCAACCAGGGGAAAGUCUCCAAUCAGCCGAGAGAAAACGAGAAGACCCCCUCUCAUUGCAACAUGCCGCCGUGGCUCUCACCGGAAAAGAGUAUGGGAUGCCAAUUGCGAGUGCCGGGUUGAGCGAUCGAGAUGUGUAUGCACCUGCUGGAAGCCAGGUAGGAUCCGAAACGAUAAUAGAUCCAAACAUGUACACAUAUCCCUUUUCAAUUAUGGAUGCGACUGCUCCAGCAGACUUGGAUUACCGACCUCCGCGGCCUGUCUUGUCAUGGGGUUUUGGGGGCUCGAUGAUGACUAUUCACCCACCCGCUGGCCAAGGUCAACAAGACGGCUACGAGGCCAGGACUGAAUCUACUACUGCUUGCUCAAAAGUCCGUUUGUAUGACCUGGGUACAAUAAGUGGAGAUGGUUCAAAUGAUGACUGGAUUGCAGCAUCCGAAGCCAUAGCACCACUAGCAUUCCCGCCAAAACCGUCGGACCUCUUGCUUUAUGCGGACAUGUGCGAUCGUCUCUCGAAUUGCGCUGCCGGAAUGAAAGGCUCCCAUGCAGAGAGUCGGGCGGCAUUAUGGAGGCUGCUGUCUGUGAUGUGUCGUCAUAACACAUCAGAUUGGAGAAAUAAGGCAGGCUCGGCCAUCUCUGGUCCCUCCGCAGUACCUAUGAUGGGUCGAAAUGAUAGCUCUUCAUUCCUAUGUGGGCGCUUUGCUGGCGAGUCCCCACUGAAGCCGAGCAGUAUAUCGUCGCGCAAGUCUGAGCUUGAACUCUCUGAAUCAGCGGCGGAAGUGGAAAGACUGGUUACGCAAGGGCAGGGAUUAGAGGCAAUCCACGUGGCACAAGCUGCUGGUCUAUGGUCACUGGCUCUGGUCCUUGCGUCCACGUUUGACCAGACCCUUUACAAGAGCUUAAUUACCGAUUUCGCAAAGAAGAGCUUGAAUGAUGGCUCUGCGCUCCAGACACUGUUCUUUUCAAUGGCCGAGAAUGAUGCAGAAAUCCUGCAGAAAGCCACCUCCACAGCUGGACUAAGAGAGUGGAGGAAGACUGUAACAAUGCUACUAACUAACUACCGUUCCGCAAUGGAAGCAGAUCCCCAGCGGGGUGAGCGGUUUUUGCGCCUAAUUGAUCAGGUUGGAGAGGCACUUAUAUCUCAGCUUGGCGACAUCGUUGGAGGGCAUGUCUGCUAUCUACUAUCGGGGCGCAUUUCUAUCCUGGACUCAUCUUCCACAGUGCUUCUGGGUGCAGAUUCGAAGCGUCCUGUAGGCUGUCCCCGUUCUCUAGGGUCCGCAGCCGCCAUUUUACAGUCACUAGUUUACGAAGCAAUUGUUUGUGCCCAGUCAGGGAAGUCAUUUCCGCAUUUACUGCCAUUUAGACUUGUACUUGCAGAGGAAAUUGCAGCCGUUGGACGCUCUGAUAUCGCAUUGAGCCAUUGCGAAUCGGUGGCGGCCGGAGUGAGAACUAUGUUCGACUCUGGAAGAAACGACGUCGCCUCAGAAUUCUUGACGCUGCCGUUUCUGGCUGGCUUAGAGUCCCUUGACCAACGGCUUCGAGCUCACCUUGGAUUGAGUCACGGUACAGAAAGAGUUGGAAAGCUCACUGCUAUGGGUCGCUCCCUUUCUGCAGCGGUAUUCAACCGUACUUCAGCAACCCCCAAACCAACCCCGUCACGAACACCAGUUGAAAGCGCAAGUGGAGGAUCAACUAAUAAUCCAAGCCCGGACGUUCCUCCUCAUCAAUUCUCACAUGCAAAUAUGUAUUCGAGCCGAGCCCCGCCCACGUAUUCAAACCAGGCUCCCUUCGCGCAUGACGUGAAUGGCUCGGCGAUGAUUGCUACCUCACAUCAUCCGCCAUAUGGAGGCAAAGGCGUCUCUCAAGGACCGUCUCCAGAACAACAGAUCCCUGGGAAUUUGCAAGUACCUGCUUUAUCUGUGCCGCAUUCCAGCGGAUACGACUCGAGCCGAAGCGGUCCCGGGCAGGAAGAGUCAGGGUCCAAACGUUGGAAUGAGUUUGUGUCCAAGACAAUUGGAGUUCUUGCUCCUGCACACGGCGACCUCUCGCCUCCACCACGGACGGGGCAGCCGAUUCCAUCUGAGCUUCAUGGGGUUCCGCCAAUGGGGUUGGGGCUUGACACUGGAUCCCGUGCGCCUGGUCAUGAACUUGACGCGUCGCACAUGCGUUCGCAGUCAAUGGGAAACGUGCCGGCGGCGAUGCCUCAAAUGUCGCAAGCCGCUUUCGUGACAACUGGCCGACAGCAAACUGGGGCCCACUCGCGGGGAAUGCCGGCAGAGGACUUUUCGCUAUCCAGUACGCCUCAGCCAUUUUCGCACAAUUUCAAUGGAACUGCUGUUCAGGAACAAAAGACAGCUGCAGGGGCGGAAAACCUCUCGCAUCGCCGAUCGGCUUCUGAUAUGACCGCCGUUUCACAGACAUCAGAGAAGAAACCGCCGCGACCACCCCGUCGUUCGACAGGAGCUUCAGCCUCAACAUCUGCGCUCGACUCUGUCGGUGAGACGAAGCCAUCCGUUGCGAAGGGCUUGAGGUACAGACUUACGGAAAGGAUUCUAUCAGCGUUCCGAGGUCCCCCGCGGGCCCACAUGGGAAACGACAACAAGUUUGUUUUCGAUAAGGAACGAGGAAGAUGGGUCAUAGAAGGUGAGGACCCGGACGAGGGCGAUGACGCCCCGCCUCCACCACCAACAGAUGAAGAUGCGAUGACGGAAACGCAGACUACCGAGGCCUUACCAGCUCCAAGCUACGAAAACUUGCACCAGUAUGGUCAACCGUCUUCGCCAAUGCCGAGAGCUCACAGCAUGCGAGAACCAGACUCAUUUCAACUUUUGUACGGACAGGCUCGAGCGAGUAUGGAACCGUCGGCACCUAUGAAUCCCGGAUACAAUGCUGGGCAAUCGGCGACGCCAGGACCAGGACUGAGGAACUCAAUUAGGCAAGAUAUUGCGCCGUCCCAGAGGUUUCCGCCGCCACGUGCGGUCAGUUCCGAGAAUAUCGCUUUCGCAGAGAAUGGCAGUGAGGCCUCUGGCAUCUCUUCAGCCAGUCUGCCUGUGCCAUUUAGUGCGAAUCGAGAAGAAACGUCAGUAGCAGACCCGUCAGGCAACCCUAACCGUUUUCGGGCCAAUACCGGAAGGAGAGCCGGUCGUCGAGCGUACGUUGAUACUUUCAACAAAGGAGCGUCAUCUGCACAUUCCAUGAGAGCACCCCUUCCUGGACGACUGCGCGCCCCUGUUAUUGGGAGCUUGGGGGCGGCUGGCCCUCGUAGCAUGAAGAUCUUUACCCCAAGUGGUCCCGCUGCGACACCCACUGCAGAAACCACGCACCAAUCUCCGGCCGGAAUAGGGGCGCCAUUAACCUCUACGAGUAGACAGGCGUCCGUGGAAUCUGGUUUGAGCCAGCAGUUUGGCGUACCUAGUCCGUCAAAUGAAAAACCAUAUCAGCCACCCCAAUAUGUCCCGCGGUCCCCCGGGGGCCCGAGGAUGGUGGCAUAG